AUUUUGCACGAGAAUCCGUUCAACAGGAUCCUGUAAUUUGCUAUCAAUCCGCAAAGCGCCCAUCAUCAUGUCCAAUAGCGGAGACAAUCCGAUGGAAGACGAAGAGUACGAACACGGGGAGGAACUGCUUCUAGAUGGGGCGAAAAAGUUGGUGAUUCUUCCCGGCGCUUCUUCCCAUGCUGCAUCAUUCCAGAUCGAGAAGGAAGAUCAUACACUGGGCAAUGCUCUACGAUAUUUCGUCAACAAGAAUCCGGAUGUCGAGUUCUGCGGAUACACGAUUCCACAUCCAUCUGAGACAAAAAUGAACAUCCGCAUCCAAACAUGGGAAGAUACUAGGACGACGGCAGUCGACGCUCUCAGAAAAGGGCUGAUUGAUAUGAUGGAGGCUUGCGAUGUGAUCUCGGAAAAGUUCACCGAAGCGCGAGACGAGUUUGACGCAAAGCAAUCGUGAUGAUUCAUCGAUGUUGGUUAUGCAUGGCGACGGCGCCCGGGUUUCUGUUUAGCUAUAUACAAUGGCCGACAUAAUGACCGUUAAUUUCGUCCCUGGAAAGGAUGUUAGAUCCCUUACAA